GUGGCAAAGGGGGGCGCGUCGGCGCGGUGACGCAAGGGGGCGUGUCUCGGCGCGGCGGCACGGGCGAGCGGCGCGGAGCGUAGCGGUGCUGCAGUGAUGUACCGGGCCCUGUACAGCUUCCGCUCGGCCGAGCCCAACUCGCUGCCGUUCGCCGCCGGGGAGACGUUCCUGCUGCUGGAGCGCAGCAACCAGCACUGGUGGCUCGUCACGCGGGCCGGCUCCGGGGAGACGGGCUACGCGCCGGCCUCCUACCUCCAGCGGCUGCAGGUGCUGGAGCAGGAUGUGGUCCUCCAGUCCAUCGACCGCGCCAUCGAGGCUGUGCACAAUGCCGCCAUGAAGAACGGAGGGAAAUACAACCUGGAGCAGAGGGAUGUCCUGCAAAAACUGAUCCAUCACCGGAAGGAGACCGUGUCCCGCAAGAGUCACUCUCCCACCCCGCAGGGGAUGGUUAUGACGCAGUCCUCCAGCGACCACCACCUGGAUGCAGCACGGCAGCCCAACGGCGUGUGCCGGACGGGGUACGAGCGGCACCACAGUCUCCCAAACACAGAGUUCGAGGAGGAGGAUGAGGGCCCCUAUCAGAUCCCGCCGCAGCCCCGACGUGCCGCUCCCAUCACUCCCCCUCCUCCCGAGAAACGCAAGAACACACAGAUGGCUGCGUCCCUUAAAAAUGCCGUUGAAAUUAUCCCUGGGUCAGCUUCCAGUGCCUCCUCCGUGAGCACGACGUCCCUGGACACCCUGUACACCCCUUCCUCCGCCUCAGACGCCGCUCUGCCCACGGCCGCCUCCAGCCCUGCCACUACACCCCCACCCGUCCCCAGCCGCAGCGUGCACACCACCAUCACACGCAACCUGGACACCGGCUCUGUGGCCCACUCCCGCUACACGUCUUCCCCAAAGGACGGGGCUGGCAAAUCUCCCCAGGCCAAGCGGGCUGCCCCAGCACCGCCAUCCGAAGUGGGGGCCCCAAGGUCCCAUGCUGCAGAUGGGGAGAAGACUCUGCAGGGCAAGAAAGCCGCCCCAGCAGCCCCCACAAACCUGGAUGCGUUCAGUUCUCUCUGUCUCGAAGAUAAGAAGGCGGCCGCGGUGGAGCCGGUGCCACCAGAACCCAGUGGGCUGGUGGCGUCCGUCCCCAAGACCAUAGGUGCCGAGCUGAUCGAGCUGGUCCGCAGGAACACCCACCUCAGCUACGAGCUGUCGCGCGUGGCCAUCGGCGUGGUCAUCGGCCACAUCCAGACCUUGGUCCCGGCAACCAGCGGCAUCAUGGAGCAGAUCCUCAUCUCUGUAGUGGAGAGUAAGGACCUGAGCUCGGGGCUGCCCUCAGGACAGAUCUGUCACGACGAGCAGCGGUUGGAGGUGAUCUUCGCAGACCUGGCCCGGCACAAGGACGAUGCUCAGCAGCGCAGCUGGGCGCUCUAUGAGGACGAGAACGUUAUCUGCUGUUACCUGGAGGAGCUGCUUCGCAUCCUGACAGAUGCAGACCCAGAAGUUUGCAAGAAAAUGUGCAAGAAGAAUGAAUUUGAAUCCAUCCUGUCCCUCGUGGCAUAUUAUCAGAUGGAACACAGGGUGCCGCUGAGGCUGCUGCUGCUGAAGUGCUUUGGAGCCAUGUGCAACCUGGAUGCUGCCAUCAUCUCCACGCUUGUAAACUCUGUGCUGCCGAUGGAGCUGGCGCGGGACAUGCAGACUCACACGCAAGAUCACCAAAAGAUGUGCUACUCUGCCCUGGUGCUGGCAAUGAUAUUCUCCAUGGGGGAGCCCCUUCCAUACCAUCAUUAUGAACACCUCAACUCUCAGUUUGUGCAGUUCUUGCUGGAUGUGAUUGAAGACGGGCUGCCCUCAGACACCACCGACCAACUCCCUGACUUAUUCAUCAAUGUCCUUCUGGCCUUCAAUCUCCACAUUCCAGUUCCAGAACACAGCGUGAUCAUGACAACAAUAAGCAAGCACUCCAAUGUCAAGACUUUCACAGAGAAGCUGCUGCUGCUGCUGAACAGGGGAGAUGAUCCAGUUUGUAUCUUCAAGCAUCAGCCUCAGCCGCCGCACUCAGUGCUGAAGUUCCUGCAGGACAUCUUUGCCAGCAAGGACACAGCCAGCAUCUUCUACCACACAGACAUGAUGGUCCUGAUCGACAUCUUGGUGCGGCAGAUUGCUGAUCUCUCCCCUGGAGACAAGCUGAGGAUGGAGUAUCUGUCUCUGAUGCACGCCAUCAUCCGCUCCACGCCGUAUCUGCAGCACCAGCACCGCCUCUCUGACCUGCAGGGCAUCCUGCAGCGCAUCCUGGGGGAGGAGGAGGAGGAGCAGCAGUGCCAGAUGGACAAACUGAUCAUCCUGGAGAUCUAUAAGGAGUUCCCAGAAAUCUCCCCUGGUACCAGCUAACCACCCCUCGCCUCGGACUCGAGUUUGAACCACUUGGAUCAAAGACGUCUCUUGUUGACACUUUCUCCCUGUUCCUUUCCAGUACAGCUCAUACCUUAUCCUCCUUUGCGCGAGGCCUAAGGUUUGGACAGUGUUCACCGGCCCUGUAGGAGUGUCACUGGGGUGCCCUGGGGCCUGGUGCUCCAGGGAGGGCAGCGCUGGGCAGAGCGGGCUGGGUGCUGGUGCUUGGUUUGCUCCCAGCGCUUGAGCAGGAGGCACUUGUCCAGCAGGAAGGGCAGAGCCCAGAGGGACUCGGCAACCAGGUGGGGUGUGUUUAGCUGCGCUGGUGUCCCAAGGUCCCAAAGCGAAAGGCCUUUGCCUUAGAGCAUCACUUAUUUUCCAUGUGCAUCUCUCCCUGCAGUGACCAAGUGGAGUCUGUUGGUGCUUGGAAGAAGCUUUUGUAACAUCUGUUUUGUUUCUGCUGCUUGUGCCAAUGUGCUGCAGCGCUGCCCCGGGAGGCAGCGGCUCGCUGCCCAGCGCCUCGCCUGCGAGCCCGUCCCUCCCUGCUGGCCUGCAGCUAACGCUUGGGGCAGCACUGCGCCUGGGGUCCUAGAGCUCUUAGUGCAGCAGCUGCUUUGUUCAACCUGCUUUCUGUAGUGACAUUUAGACCCGGGUAUCUUGCACACUGCUGCAGCCCAGAACUGUGACGCCUGGGUGCUGCUGUUAGGAGCUUUUGGUGUGGCUGCGGCACAAACAGUGCCCUGUGCAGCCACAGCUGCUGCUUGCCGCCUCCGCAGCAGCACUGCCCCGGGCAGAGGGGCAGCAUGUGGGCAGUGCUCUGUUCAUAAUGCCUGUGGGUUUCUUGCCUUGAGCUUCGCAGUAGCUCUGCUCGCUGUCCUCCUGUCCGUGAGGCAGCGUGCGCCUGGUGUCCAGUGGCUGUUUGUGACCAUGCACGAGUGUGGGGAACCCUUAUUUAUAUCUCCUCUAGGUUUCUAGCCAACAGGACUAACCUGUAUCCCUGUUACAGAUAGUCACACACUAACGUGGGUCCCUUAGGUAUCCGUGCGCGCAGUCUGAUCGCUCCUGUCCCCAGCUCUUCCUCUGCGGUACCCUGUGUAGGAGCUAUGGGCAUUUGGAACUGGAAGUGCUGGGCACUGAUAUAUGGCUUCAGGAGACAACAGUUGAGCUCUGCUCGCAGGCCUGGGCCCUGGGCACUGUCAUGCUCAGGAAUGGAGAGGUUUGGCCUGGGAAUGCCCGAAGCUUAAUAACCACCCUCGUAGAGAAACCUAUUUUUCCCCUGUAAAAAUGUAUGAAUGUCAAAAGGGAUCCUGUAUUUUCUUAAACACUUGAGUGUAACAUGCAGAGGAAUAAAGAUGUCUUAAACUGGA